AUGGCGAUGACGAACCCAAACUGGACACCAGGCCUAGGAGGAUUACCACCGUAUGAUUCUUUGGCAAGAGAGGAAAUAAUACAUUGCCAAGAUAAAUUGGCAUGCAAUCCUGUGGGGUCUACCUCAUCAACACGGUCGGGGACGGUCAGAACUAUUCAACCUAUGAUGGAGCAUGGUGCUACCACCGAUGUGACACACAGAUCUGAUCUGGUGUUUUCACAGAGAGCGGGGGCAUCAGAGAGGACGUCGACAAUUCUAACGAGUAUCCUUCCCAUGGUUGCCAGUGCUUUCCUAGUCGCUGCAGCAGUCGCGGAUAAGAGAUGGACGGCGAGCCCGCUUCUCAUUCCAUUGGACAAUCGAGCGACAGCGCAAAUUAUUGUGUCAAUCACUUCCGCAUUUCUGGCUUCUAUCAAUGUCUACACCGCCACUAAGCUUAUAAAUGUGGCAACUCGUAUCCAUCUUCUGCAGCAGUCUCUCAGCUUGAAUACACUAAAGCGCAUUGGAGCGAUCACAAGCAGACAAGCGGCAUCAGGCUUACCCAUAACAAUGUACACCGCGUCUAUCAUCUCAAUGCUAUUGUUCACGGUGCCAAAUUUUCUGUGGAUCGGCGCAUUGACUCCGGUCACGACCAAUACCACCUUGAUGGCGUCUAGGAUUCUGAGAGUUCCACAGUAUACCAAAAGAACGAUGGGAACUUGGUCCACGAAUAACAACCACAAGGCAGAUGCGGCGUGCUCUACGGUGACCAACGGAAAGGGAAUCUGGAGCGACUGUCCGGCAAGUACCAUACACAGCACACUCCUGAGCCGAGCAGCCUCAGCCUCUUCAAAAGUCAGCCAGAUCCACUCCAAGCAUGACAACGGCCAAUAUUCAUGCGCAACAACUCCAGGCUUCUGUCCUACAACUAUCUUGAAUCAGGUUACCUUACUCGUCCAAAAGGGCAAGUCGGGGAAUGGCAUCCCCUCUGUCUACUACGCAAAGGGUGAGUUUCCGACUGCUCCACCGGACAAGGUCGACUUCUUUUCGGUUGUUAGCAACAACAAUGACAGGAGCCUUGCUGUCAUGGCCGCAAAAUACUAUAGCAGUCAACACAUGAUCCUUAUAACGGCCGGGAGCAACUACAGAGUCCUCAAUGGCACGCAGUGCGAGGUCCAUUUUGAGACAGCCAAUUUCAAUGUCACAGUUGGCGCCAUCGCUAAACAUGUGACCGUUUUUCCUUCGCUGGUGACUGCGAGAGACGCAGCAGAACCGCCAUUCGAUCCAACCCUUGGCAUUGCCAUGACGGUGACCGAUCAAAUCAAUAGCCUUGCUAUGAUAACAACCACCCUUUAUACAUCGAUUGUGGGUGACGCCUUUGUUGCGAACAUUGCAGCCAUGACAGGCAAGCCCAGCAAUUCUACAUUGUCAUCAAACGAAGAGUCCCUCAAGGCCACUGAAGACUCCGUGACUGCCAUGGUCGACGAACUUCUCUUGUUCGUUGGUAGCAGCCAAUUCUUUGUUCCAGAUGAUGGCGCCGGCGACUUCUUCAAGCCAGAUGCGCGGCUGACUGUUCAGGCCGUCCGACUCGGUGAUGCUACCUAUAUGCAUUUGAUAUUCGUAACUUGCGGUAUGCUGCUUGUGACAAUGCUCCUCGAGGCGUUUCGAACCAAGGGCUGGAGGUAUCUGCCACGCUGGGACUUUCAAGACUUGUCAUGUAUCAUACUUUCUACUGCGGUGAUAGGAGAAGAUGUUGUGGGAGGUCUAUAUCAAAUUGGGCGAGGGCGAUAUCUUCAGUGGACUGGAGGUGAUCAAUGGUGGGAAGCCGGUGUAGAUGGCAAUGCCGCACCGGCUCCUGGGGACAAGGAGGAUCUUCCAGAGAUCCAUAUCUCAUUAGGGAAGAAAAACAUCUUGCUGUCGACGCCGUUUGACGAGCAGGGCGUUUCAAGAAAGGCGAGCUUUCCGCCGUGGCAUUGCGGACUUGCUAUAUUAAUGAAGUUGGGUGACAAUCGCCGAUACUCCCCUGUCUCCGGCUGCUGCUGUAUGGCUUUGUGCUUUCGAAGCGUCCAGACGGCGAUGCAACUCUGCCUAUCAUUACGCUGGGUAAUCAUUUCACGGCAGAAGCGUUAUUCGCGUACAUUUUUAUGUGGUUUCCCUGUUUUGUCUUUACCAGCGAUCUUACAAACACUGGGGUUUGAGAUGGGCCGCUGA